AUGAGGCUAAAAUUUAAGAAAUAACUUAAAAAAAUCUACUAGAACCUUUUUAAGAAUAUUAAAUUAAAGUUUUAAAAAACCCAAACUUCAUAUGUAAUCUAAAUAUUAAUUUUCUUAGAGGAUAUUUGUCAUCAUAAUUAAAAAGAUUGGCAUUCACUUAAAUAAUUGAGUAAAGUGAAAUUGAAACACAAACAAAAUCAUAAAAAUUUCACUUUUCUUGCACUCUAAUUGUAAUAAAAAAAUUCAUUUUUUGAAAAAAAUGAAAACACUCCACUCCAAUCUAUGGUAAAUCUACGCAUAUUGAUUGAAAGGAAGGCAAAAAUAUUUAAUAAAAGAAAGUUUCUAAAAAAUAUAGAUAAAAGAAUACAAAAAAUAUGCAUGAAAAACUGUGAUAGGUGAGACAGAUAGUUUUUUUUUCAUUUUUUAA